AUGCAGUACUGUAGCAAGGAAUGCCAAGUUGCCCACCGGCCUUACCACAAGGAAGAGUGCAGAAGCAAAGUGGGCCAAGACUAUUGGCAGCCUCUUUGGGUUCAACAAGGGCGAAUCCCUGCAUUCGUUUAUGAGGACAAGGAAUCAAAUGGGCCUUGGGGGGUGCAGAGGAAUGUAUGGCCUCGACAUCCAGCCUUUGACAUCCUCAAGCUCGCCGAGAAUGAAGGACAAGAUCACCCAGAAGAUCUCAAUUUACUGUUUGCAGCCUGCGGUGAUCUUGGCAACGUUGUCCAAACCGUCGUAAAUCUCCCAGACGAAUGGAACCACCGCCUCCAGCUUACAGUAAAUGAUGGUGAUGCAGAAAUUAUCGUACGCAGCGUGAUUCUGCUGCUCAUCGCCGUUUUUGUUGAUGACAUUGACCAGGCAAUCGAAUGCAUGAUUCACGUCUGGUAUUCGGCCUUCAUCAGAGAGUCCGACAGUGAGCUGCUUCAAUCACUAAUCAAGCCCAUGAUUGACCGCGUCUGCAAUACUAUCAAGGACAAAGACCCGGAGAGUCUACGUGCCAAGACUUGGACUCGGGGCAAUCGUUCGAUCAAAGUUGUCCUCAAACAGAGAACCUGGAUGACAUUGCCUCGUAUGCUGGACCGAGUCAGGCAGAUCAAACCAAUAGAGGCCUUUGCAUCUCGUCGUGCAACUGUCCUUUGUCGGUAUCGCUGGGACCAUCGUGAUGGUUUUAUGAUGAAAUUGCCGCCAAAACAGCGAACAGCUCACCUCAGAUAUCUUCUGCAUGGCCUGUUGCUGCCAUUUGGACAUAAUCGAGUCGAAUUUGUAGUGCCAAAUCCUUUUCUGUACCGCAUGCCUGCUCAAUGGCAGGGUAAUGAUGCGGUCAAUCCAGUCUUCGCAUGGCCGUUGCAUGACGUUCUCGAAGCUCCCGGCGCUGCCUCUGAGAACGAUGUUUACGGGAAAUUAUUCAACUACCUCUAUGACCAUCUUCGAGCCUUCAUUGAUCGGAUCAACAAAUCGCCAACGUUCUUUUGCCUGCUUCAAGUCAAUCCCUUCGAACUCGAUAAAUGUCUGCCGCAUGGAUCCUAUGACCGAAUCGACGCAACUGCUAUCACUGACAAACAUCGCGGGUUUCCUAUUCACGCCCUCGAAACCUUGAUGCCGAUCUUGAAGAACAACAAGCAGAACCCUCACGCGACGAUGAUUCAAUUCUUCGAAACAGCAGUCGAAUCCCGCCUUCCGAAAAGUGGCGAAUUGUCAAAAUUGGAUCAAGAUUCGGCAGAACUGAAACAUGUGAAGAAAAUUAUUGCGGUAACUCCUAGUUCUUCAUCCAUUUGUUCUUGGAGCCCGGAGGUCCUGAUCUAUCCUCCCUUGAUUGACCUGUAUGCUUCCCACUGGGAAGUCUUUGACCAAUAUCUCGCAAAUGAGAAGUUUAAUGAACGCGUCCGACCAGGGACGGUCAUGAAACAAGUCAACACCAUUGUUCCUAAGUUCCGAUACCAAUUGAAGUUCCAAGAGCCUCUCGAUGCCGAAUAUCGGAGGACGGUGUGGCGCCGUUUCAGAGAGCCCGUGGACGGCAAGUCCGUCUACCUAGAAUGGCAGAAGGAGGACGAGGAAGAGAAAGUCAAGGCCGAGAGAUAG